CACCCACUGGAAGCUGGAGGUUGCAUGGGAAGCUGAGGCAUCCCAGUGUUUUUGAUUUUUCUGUCAGCGUUGAACAAAAACACGCAGAGCUGCAGCCUGAGGAGGCUUUGCUGAACAGUCAUGCCAUCCAGGCGGAGACAGAGAGGCCGUUCAUCGCUGAGUUAGCUGACUCUGCUCUCAAUUAGAGCUUUUAUUUAUUUAUUUUAUAUUCAUGACCCAAUGAAACAACACCAUGGCUAAGCAGUACGAUGUGCUCUUCCGACUCCUGCUCCUCGGGGACUCGGGGGUUGGCAAAACAUGUUUGUUAUGCAGAUUCACGGACAACGAAUUUCACCCAUCUCACAUCUCCACCAUCGGAGUGGACUUCAAAAUGAAGACGCUAGUAAUAGAUGGUAUCAAAGUUCGAAUACAGAUAUGGGACACAGCAGGCCAGGAAAGGUACCAGACUAUUACCAAGCAGUACUACAGACGAGCACAGGGAAUCUUCUUGGUGUAUGAUAUCACGAGCGAGCGGUCUUUCCAGCACAUCAUGAAGUGGGCCAGUGAUGUGGACGAGUACGCUCCAGACAAGGUCCAGAAGAUUCUUGUUGGGAACAAAUCAGAUGAUGUGGAGAAGAGACAGGUGGCCACAGAGCAAGGCGUUAAGCUGGCCAAGGCCUAUGGAAUGGACUUCUUUGAGACAAGUGCCUUCACCAACCACAACAUAACAGAGACUUUUACACGACUGGCUGAGCAGGUGCUGGCAGCCAACAAAAAGGACUUGGAUCUGCUUCGGAUAUCCCUCAAUGACGAGCUGAAUCUCACUGCUCUGGAGGAAGAGGAGGGACUCGGUGACGGUGCAAGUGGCGAACAGAACAAAUCCUGCUGGUGUUAAGUUGAGCUUCUCCAGAAACAAAGAAAAAGAACUCUUGAAAAGAUCUGCUUGGAUUGGAGCUUUGAGUCCAAAAUAAAAGAAAUCAACACAUGAGAUUUGCUGACUGACCAACGGAUAUCUAUCUUUCAAGGAUAUAUAUGGAAACAUUUUGCCUUAAUACACAAGGUGUAUUUAUAACCAAGAGUUUUCUGAGUCACUUCAAUCCCCAUCCACUAAUUUGAAACAAAGCCUUUAAUACAGGAGUAAAGCAGAUUUGAUAAUAGUUUGUUUUUUAUUGUUUUGAUGUUUAUUUCCAGAGGGUAUUAGUUUUUACAUUCAUUUAAAAGUACUGUCUCUAUUGGUAAGCAGGAGCAGGCUGACACCCAAAUGGAUCAGCUGCAUCCAUGGUUGUGGCUUGUUAGAAUAUUGUGUGAAAUAUGACCACAAGAGAGUGCUAGAUGAGCAGGAAACAUUAGAAACAAUAUGUUCAGAUUAUAUAUAAUCAAGGGCUUAUCUUCGUAAGUCCCUGCAUUACAUUUAAUUUAGCUACACUUUCAAAAGCUACCUAAAAAAUAAUAUAUGCAGUCAUUUAUUAAUCCCCUAGCUUUUUUCUUUUCUUGUUACAAAACCUGUAGAUGUGUUUUUAGGUCAGAUCAAACUUCCUGGGUUUUAUGAAAGUUGCUUUGAGAACAAAAUUCCAGAAACUCCUGUUUCCCUGUAGCAGAACAGAAUCUAUUUUUCAAUGUUUUCUGUCUGUUUAAGCAUGAAAUAUGUUGGAGCUUGAAACCCCCUUUGCAUUGUACAUAACAGACGUUUUGAAAACAUAACUGAUGUUAUGCUAUUCAUUAACUUUACCACAAUACUGCUAGAAAUUCUUACAAAAAAGAAAACUUCAUGGUUUUUUGUGUCUUUGUAGGUACAGAUUUCUCUUUUCAGAGGGGAAAAGGUGAAAAGUGUUGCAUGUGAGUCAGUUUUUUCCCCUUUUACUGCAACUUCAGUGAAGUUAAUCAUCGGUUCAGCAUUACAUAGGCAAGGCAUUUGACCAGAGUUGCCUCUUCGAAGGUCAUGCAGAGUAUUUAUCUCAAAUAAAGUUUGACUGACUGCAUUUUUGCAACUUAGAUACUAAUUGCUACUCAAAAAAACUGUUUAUGUGCCAUGUGUGAUAUGAUAGUAUGGUACUGAGUAGAAUAGGAUGUAGAUACACAAGGUAUUGUUUUUUUCAGGAACUUUAUUUUUCAUGUAAACUACAGUAUAUUAUUGGUAAUUGUGGAACUUUAUCAAAUGCAAAAAAAAAAA